AUGCCUAAAGCGCCGUACAAGAAGCGCAAUAGCGCACAUGCAGAUGCUGCAGCAAAGACUAGUGCUGCCCACAGCAUUUUUAAAAUGAAUACAGAUAUCGGCCAACACGUUUUGAAAAACCCCGGCAUUGCAGAACAAAUCGUGAAAAAGGCCGAACUGAAACAAAGUGAUAUUGUGCUUGAGAUUGGCCCUGGUACCGGGAACUUGACGGCCAAGAUCCUGGAAGAAGCGAAGAAGGUUAUUGCGGUUGAACUUGAUCCGCGAAUGGCCGCCGAAGUCACCAAGCGAUUCCAAGGCACACCCUCCCAAAAGCGGCUCGACGUCAUCCUUGGCGACGUGAUGAAGACUGAGCUUCCCUACUUUGAUGUCUGCAUUUCCAACACUCCUUAUCAGAUUUCAUCGCCCCUCACAUUCAAGCUGUUAGCCACCCUACCAGCGCCUCGGGUGUGCAUUCUCAUGUUCCAGCGUGAAUUUGCCCUUCGGUUAUUUGCCAAACCCGGCGACAAGCUCUACAGUCGACUUUCUGUCAAUGCGCAAAUGUGGGCCAAGAUUGAUCAUAUCAUGAAGGUUGGCAAGAACAACUUCAAACCCCCACCUUUGGUGGAAUCUAGUGUGAUUCGCAUGGUCCCGAAGGUUCCACGGCCGCAGAUCAACUAUGAAGAAUGGGAUGGUCUGUUGCGCAUUGCCUUCGUGCGAAAGAACAAGACAUUGCGAGCCAGCUUCAUUGGCACAGCCAGUAUCAUGAAUAUCCUGGAAGCUAACUACCGCACCUGGUGCGCUCAAAACGAUAUACCUGUGGAGGACGGCCCCGUGGAGGAUGCAGAUGGCGAUACUAUGGACAUGGGUGGAGAGGAUGCGGGAGCAGAGGAGGCAGAUGAGGCGAUGGAGAUGGACGAUGACGAUGACGUGCCGGACUUUUUCAAAGAAGAGACAAACGCUCGCCUCCAACAGGCGCUCAAAAAUCAGUCGCAGCGAAAAAAGCGGGGGAAGGUUUCGGAGGUGGUACGAGAAAAGGUUCGCCAAGUGCUAGAGGAUGAAACAGGGCUGGCAGACAAGCGCGCCAGAAUGUGUGAUGAGAACGACUUUUUGAAAAUGCUGUGGGCCUUUAACCAGAAAGGCAUCCACUUCAAUUGA